CUCCAUUCAAACCAGAUGACUUAAGUAAAUCUUGGUGUAGAUUUCAGAUAACCAAUCUACAGAACAUUAAAUUUUGGUGCACAUUGUGGGGCGAUCAUUCUGCUCAAUUUUUUAGGUUCUUAGAAGUUCCCAGGCAAAAUCUUGUUAUCGUGCUCCUGCAAUUGGGACGAAUAAACAAGCGUUUUGCCGGUGAUACAAAGGGUGUGUCUUCAAGAUUACAUUUCACAAAAUUGUUGUUGGAUGAUCACAUUCGUGAUAUUGAAGAGUUUCGAGAGCGCUAUAUGAUGAUGAUGCAACAACAAACGCCAUCCACUAGCGCGUUUCAGGCGCAUCUAAUGCAUCCGCAUCCACUUCUAAUGAUUCUGGUUUCACUAGAACGCUUUCAGAGCUAUCCAUUACGAAAGAGGUGCGUGGUUGUUGGUUCUAUGCUGAGAUAUAUUCAAUAAUUUCAUCAUGGGGUUGGGCUUACCUUGCAUGCAGCGAGAUAAAAUGUUUUAAGAAGUUGAAUGAAGAUUAUGUUUGUGAAAAGUGUGGGAUACAUAGACCUAAUGGCAUCUGGCGAUAUACAUUGAACUCAAAGUCAGGCACGGAAAGCAUUUUGCAGAUGUCAUGUUUUGGGAUGAUGUGGCAUGCUAACUGCUUGGAAAGGUUACUGGGGAUUUUAGUGAACAUUCAGAUGCGAUAAAAUAUAAUAUUUAUUUCAUUUAUUGUACAUUUCUAUAUCUAUAUGAAAUUUUGUUAGUAUGUAACAUCUCAAUAUGCACUAAAAGUAAUAUUAAAAAUCUGAAAAUUG